UUUUCUUCGCGCCUUUUCAAAUGUCAACGCAGAUCUGUCACAACAUGUUUUGUUCGACUCGUUUUUUGUAGAAAAGUCUAGUAAUAUCGCUAAAAGUGACUGUACAUCGUUGAUUUUGUGACUGAAAUGUGAAAAAUUCAAACAUGAACGACAUACAGUGUCUUAUAGACCGUCAACUGGGCAUUUAUUGUCGGUUUAACUACGAUAAUGUACUGAAGCGCCUCGUGGUGAAUGGUGAGGAGUCGUUCUACGGGCUGCAGAACUCAGUUCCCGCAGCCAACUUCGACCAGGACCCCCCGAUAUUCGCGUGCCGGUUCUCGGAGGCUCCCGGCUACGAGCACAUCCUCGCCCUCGCCAACGAAGAUGGCAGAGUUGCUAUUCAGGACACAUCCAGCAUAUCUUCAGCAAGCACCCUGGAGGGCUUCCAGUGCCACAACAACGCCGUGUUCGACCUGGCGUGGAUGCCGGGCUACAUGAACUUUGUUACUGUGUCAGGUGAUCACACUGCGUGCCUCUGGGAUGUGGCUGAAGGUGCUCCCAAAAGGAUCCAAGUGUUCUCCAACCACACAAGGUCAGUGAAAACUGCUGUAUUUCGUCCGACGGAACCCACGGUCUUCGCCACCGGAGCUCGGGACGGCCACAUACUGGUCUGGGACAUCCGCACCAACAGCCAACCCGCCGUCAUCCUGAAACCGGACAACUGUCUGAUGAACUGCCACUCCAGCUUCACGCCGAAAACCCCCGGCUCGCACUCCAAGCGGCCGCGCAUCGACACGCACCGCGCCACCAGCAUCACCGGGCUCGUCUUCCAGGACGACUCGACGCUCAUCUCCUGCGGCGAGUGCGACGGGAACAUCAAGGUGUGGGACAUGCGCAAGAACUACUCCGCCUACAAGCGCGAGCCGCUGCCCAAGCACUCCAUCCCGUACUGCGGCAGCUCCACCAAGAACGGCUACACCAACCUCAUCAUCGACGACGCGCGCGUGCGCCUCUACGCCAGCUGCAUGGACAACGUCAUCUACUGCUUCAACGUGUCCACGUACGCCACGCUGCCCGAGCGCCGCUACACCGGCCACGAGAACGGCACCUUCUACAUCAAGACCGGGCUCAGCCCCGACGGCGCCUACCUCGUCAGCGGCAGCAGCGACAAGCACGCCUACGUCUGGAACGUGCGCUGCUCCGAGCCGCUCGUGCGUCUCGCCGGCCACUGGGCCGAGGUCACGUGCGCCGCCUGGGGCCCGCGCGCCGACCUCAAGCUCGUCACCUGCAGCGACGACGCGCGCCACAAGAUCUGGCGCGUCGGCUCCGAGCGCGACCUCGCCGACGCCGCGCUGCAGGGCCGCGCCGAGCCCGCGCCGCGACCCGCCGCGCCCGGCCCGCACUGGGGCGGCCUCGACCGCACGCCCGGCUCGCUCAAGCGCAAGGCCGCGCCCGCGCCCGCCGCCAAACGCGCCCGACCCGCGCCGCGCGCCUCCAAGCGCUGCCUCGCCGACCUCAUGGCCGCGCGCGAGCCCGACGCCGACGCGCCCAAGCGCCCGCGCCGCGACGCGCCGCCGCUCGCCGCCGGCUCCAAGCGCCGCCACCCCGACGGGCCCCCGGGCGCCGCGAGCCCGGCCGAGCGCUGCGGGCCGGACGCGUCGCCGCCGCGCGACUGGGGCUACAUCCCGACGGCGGGCUCGUCGUUCAUGACGCCGACCAAGAACUACGAGCGGAGGACCUGCAAGCGGCUCUCGCCGCGGAGCCCGAAGCCGGUGUCCCCGGACGCGGCGCGGAGGUCGCCGGUGAAGGUGUCGCCGAGCAAGGUGAGGAUCAUCUCGUACACGACGCCGACCAAGAACCUGCCGAACUUCGCGCUGGAGGGCGAGGCGCCGCACCUGCGGCUGAUGUCGCCGGUGCGGAAGAAGCCCGAGGCGCCGGACUGGCUGACGCUGAUGACGCGCGCGCGCCGCGGCCGCGCCGACGCCGACAAGCCGCCGCUGGCGCCGCUCAGCCCGAAGGAGAACUUCCCCGCUCGGAGGAGCUCCGUCUCGGAGAAAACCCCCAAAUCCGCCAAGAAGGGUCGAACGUUGCUGAAGUACUUUAGCGUUACGAAUAUGGAUAAGUCUAAAUAAUUAGAAGUGAGCAAAUUAUAUGAGUUGUUUCCUAUUCUGUACGAUGUAAGGAGUCAAUGUUUAUUGCGUGAUUCUAUCGGUGUAUUUUAUACGUCGACGUAGACAAACUUUAAGUAUUCCUGACGAUAUGGCAGUCAUCUUUAAAUUCGUACCAGUGUUUCGUGU